CUACCCCCACCCUUUUAACCGAGCUCCCCUAGCCAGAGUGCAAAUCUCGGACGGACGCAUGUUUUCUUAAGGGAUUCUUGCCGAAUAUAACGUGAAAGCUUGAGGAGAAUAAAGUGGAGCUGAAUCUUACGUGACGUAACGUACGAAGGACAAAUUCUGACCCAUAAGUCAGCUGAAAAUGGAAUCCGGAAACAAUUUACCUACUGCGGGUAAUUACCCUGGUGGGGAUCGUCAGCAAUUUUGCGUGUCAUGGACUUCCCACCAAUCUAACAUGCAUAAUGCAUUUCCAAAAUUGUUGAGCUCCGAACAGUUUGUUGAUGUCACGCUGGCCUGUGACGGUGGCUCUAUAAAAUGCCACAAGGUUGUACUAUCUGCCUGUAGCGAUUAUCUAGAGCGACUGCUUCUGGAUAUUCCGUGCACUCAUCCAAUAAUUUUUCUGCGUGACAUGAGAAUGUGGGAACUUCAGGCGCUUGUUGAAUUCAUGUACCGUGGAGAGGUUUAUGUCGAACAACAGCAAUUGGCAAAGCUGAUGCAAGCUGCCGAAGCUUUACAGGUACGUGGCCUAUCGAAUCAAGGAAAAGACAACCCGGACCUGAAUGCCGAAUCCAGUUCCCAACAAUCAAAUAAUCUUGUGACGCCAACAACUCCGACAAAACAAAUAACAAUCGAGAAUAUGAAAAAUGAAGAUACGCCAAUGAUAGAUGCAAACAAUUCAAACUUUCUCGAGUGCACCCCGACAAUUGGAUCUCCUCAAGUAACACCUUCUGCAACACCCAGCGCAACUCAAAACACUCAGAAUUCUGUUAACAUGGAACACACCGAAGCACUCCACCACCUGGAAAAAGCAUUGAGCGCUUGUGAAGCCACUCUCACUGAGACUCCGGGGCUUGUGAAAAUGGAGCCCGAUGAACAAUUCAAUCAUGAUCACAAACCAUACACUAUUAGUAUGGUUCGUGCUACCAACUGCACACCAGGUAGCCCGUUUCCAGCAAUUGAAGGCUACCAAAGACGACAGCGCCGUUCCGAAGAAGAGCUGAAACAAGCUUCCGACAUGGUCGCACGUGGUAUGACGUUCCAAGUUGCUUCAGAAAAGUAUAACAUCCCAAUUAGUACGAUCCGUUUCUACAUGGUGCGCAAGGGAAUUUUACAGAGGAGGAAACGUGGACGUGGCUCAAAUAGUCUUGGACUGAACAGUCAACCAGGUAGUCCUGCGAGCCCACCGUUUCACAUGAUGAACUACCGAUUGCCGGAGAGUCUGAACACCAGUUUACCUUAGUGCUAUCCUAAAAAGUAGUGAGAUCUUAGAUUACAGUUAAGUCAAAUUGAUUGAUUUCCAACAUCUUGGAGCUGUUCUGGACUAAUUUUUCAUAGGAACCAUGCCACUUCUUGGAUUUCGAGUCAUUUUAAGUUACUGAUACAUGGUUAAGAUGGUAAAAUCUAAGAUCAUUACAGAGAAAUGAGAAUUCAGUGCGAUGAUUGAGAACGUAAAUGUAUAUUAAAGGAUGCUCCAUUGAAUUAUAUUAGCGAGAGGUGAAAUCUUGCACUACUGUGCAUCAGGCAUGAGCUAUGUUACUUUAAAUAGUUUCAGAUUUUUAGUAUUAUAUUGUUUUCAUGAAUUCAAAAUUAUUAGACGUUCAAUGACUGGAGCACAAGACUGGAGAUUUAAAAAUUAGAGAUUAUUUGCCAGAUUUAUUAAUCCAUUUUCUAGGCCUAAGACUACCUCUGUAUUUCGAUGACACUGUUGGCAAAAUGUUUAUUUUUGCCAAUUCCCGUUUAUUGAUGGUAAAUAGUUUACUACUGUGUUAACGAAUCUCGUUAACAGAUUUUGUACAGCUUUACUAUCGGCUCAGCACAUUGCUCUAUGUACUUACACGGAACAUAAUUUUUCCUAUGUUUUCACAUAUUUGAUUUAUUCGAUUUUUUUUUUAUUGCUCAAAUUGUAAAUUAUGAUUAUGCCCGUUACUCUCUUUCGUAUAUUGGCAUUAACAAUGAUCCAUUUUUAGUUUGUACAUUUUUUUUUGUUAUAAUAUUAAAAUGACUAUCAUUUGCUUCACUCAAUCGUUGCCUUAUGAAAUAAGUUACUAUUCGCAAGUAAAAAUCAUCAUCAUAGGAUUUACGCUAGCAAAAUUUUAAGGUGACAUCUAAAAAAUAACACUUUUCUUCCCAUUGCGUAUUAUCAACUAGACUAUUUUCGUAGAAAUAAAAAAAUCUAACAUAUUUGUUGGAGCUAAUAAUAAGUUAAGUAUUUAAUAGUUCAUGCUUGGAGCCAGAAAUAGUCGAAAAUAAUAUGCCUCACUCUCUAUUAUGAGUCUCGAACAGCUCGCGUAUGUAUAUACUCAUCGUAAAAAUGUUUUUCAGAUUUACCAUAUAAAUUUUAUUCGAGACGGCAAGUUCUCAGCCAUCACUGGCCCAUCCGUGAUCAUAUAAUUCACCAUUAGCUCAACUAUUUCACUGAUAGACAAAACCCAAUGCAGGACACUGAAGUGCCUGUAUAGUUGAAUUUCAGCUUCGAAUUAUUGCAUGUCUUAUAUCGUGUAAAACCAAUUCGUUUAAGUUAAGUCUGGAAAAUACUUGUACGAUGUAUUUUGGUUCAGUUUCAGUCUUGAACUUGGUUUACAGAAUUAUAAAUGAAAUUUGAAUGAGAAACCCAGGUCUAUGAAGCUUUGAGAGACAAAAAUGCAGCUUAACAUGAUGCAAUUAUUGCUACUUUAUCAUUCCUCUGUAUACAACAUAUUAAGAAAUUGAACAAUGCAGUGACUGAAGAUAAAGCCUGAAAAUUGCUUUUGUGAUACUGACCGUAUAUUAAUGAUUAUAAUAACAGAACUAAGUUUGAGACUGGAGAUACUGAGAAUACUUAAUUAAUUAGUAAUAACUUAGUAAUCGCAGCCCCCCUAUCCUUAUACAGAUAUUUUUGUAGGCACUUUAUCAUGAAAAGUGAGUUCUUUCUGGCCAUUUCUCAUAAACUAUGCAAAUACACUGAUAAAUAUAUUGUUAAAUUAUAUGGUAACGAGUAAUUAGAUCGAUAUUCUUUCAGAGAUAACUGUUUAGCUUUGAUAGGCACCACGAAAAAAAUGAGGAAUCAUGACAUAUAGUAAAUUAAUCAAUGCUUAUUAUGCAAUAGUGUACAAACGUAAAGUUUUAAAUAGAGAGUAGAAAGAAUAAAACAAAAUAAUUUUACCAUUUUUAACAAAAAUGAUGGAAGAAAAUCAUAAUUAUAAUUUUUUAUCUAUCAUUUUUGUUGAAGUUGGUUUGGCCUUUCAGAAAAGUUUUGUCUAAUAGGCAACAAUAAUGACUACAUUUGAAGUUGUAGAGAGCGAUGUAUUGCCUUUGUUAAAUAACAUUUUGAUAGAAUCAUAUUUUUCCAUACUAUGCAAUAAAAUCGAACCAUAUUAGUUGAGAGUGUUCCACAGAUAAUAGUGCUGAACAAAGGAACAUAUAUCAAAUUAUUUUCUUACUGUUUGAUGAUAGUAAUUGAAUUUUCAAAGCUUUCAAAAAGCAUUUACAAUGUUACGUGAUCACAGUAAUGUAAUCCACGAUUACAUAUCAUUAAACAAACUGGCAGUCAUGUUAAUCAACAGAAACCAGAUUAUGAUACGUUUUGAUUUGUUUUGCAUACAACUGUCUCAGAAAAAUUGAGGUGUAGAAAAUAUUUAGGAGAAAAUAGUUUUACGUCAUUUUCGGCUUAUGUCUACUGUUUUAACGAAUCUAAAGAAUUCUUACAGCCAUUUUCUCAUAGGAACUAAAAAUCCAUUCGUAAUAUAUGGAGCAUCCCAUGUUAAAUGGAAUGUAGGUUUCAGUUUGAAAAAAAUAUGACUCACAAAAAUCCGUCAGAAUUAAUUUAUCUCAAGUGUUACAGUUUGCCGUGGCUUUACGAUAAAUGAAUUUAAGAAAUGAUUUUCGAUUCGAUGUUCAGCACUUCUUCUGUAUACUCUUAGGUACAAAUUAUUGUCCUAAGCUUCCAGUCAAGAAAGAUUUUAUAAAGAUUAUUGAACCCAGUAUUUCAAACCAAUGAAGAAUAAUUAAUUCUUUAAUGGCAUACAUAACGCAUUUGUAAGAUUAGCAAAAAUGUUGAACCAGUAAGGUUCACAGUGUUUGUGUCUUUAUUUUCUAGCGGUAAUCCGUGUCAUACUCAUGUGUAUAAUAAUAUUUCAUAACGUGUAACUAAACAACAAUCAAACAAGCGUGGAAAAUACUUAAUGAUUAUUGUCAAAGCCGCUAUUAGGAUAUACUAUAUGCAUAUUUAGCCAUUUUUUAUUAUGCUAAUUCUAUUUAAUUUCUAUCAUUUAUUAUUUAUCAAUUACCCAUUUCUACCGAGUUAGGUAUUAUUAUUUGUAGAUACUACUAGCAGCUGAAAAUCCUGGUUCGACGCUUUAUUAAUUAUUUCCGUAAUUGUAUUAUUCAGUUGCCAAAGUUCGGUUCAAAAAUUAAAGCAAGAAACCUGGCUGAGUUCGCUCUUUGUCAAUUCAUGUUUAAUCAAACAAUCUUUCGACCCUAAUCAUGUUUCAUCGAUAUUUACUUCAUAAAUCCGAAUUGUUGUAAAAUAGCAACCAGAAAAAUGGGACAUAGAAUCAAGUAUUUACAGAGCAUAAUUUCCAAUGUCUCACUUUUUUGGAAAUAGUAUUUGUAAAUUUUUUUAACUGCCAAAAAAUUCGUCUUUUUCAAAAAUGAGAAUGUUCCUGUGUCGAUAGCAAAAACUAUGUUUCAAAGUCAAAACAAUUAACUAAUUGAUAGUAAAUAUUACUACAAAAUUAUUUCAUUCUCAACUUCACCGUUAUAAUUAAACAUAUACUGCGAUUUGGCCAUCAAGUAUCAUAGUAUUAUUAUUUGAUAACGAUCUAUCAUAUCCGCACUUGCCACAUCUGUUUUAGUCUGAAAGUCAUCGAAGUUUGGGUCACACUAAAAACAUUAGUUGGCUUACUGUACAAUUCUUACUGCAUCACGAAUAAUUCCGGAUAUAAUUCAGCUACGCCUAUGUGUUUUGAUAUCAUAAUCCGCUAUAUGAAUCGCGAAUCAGGUAUAUAUUAUAGGUAUAUAAGUAUCUAUUAUGUUUCUGUUCAAGUGAACAUAUUUACUCUACAUAGAAAUUUACCAAUUGUAGAAAAAUCUUUUUUUUAGAUCAUUAGCCAUAUAAGUUGCCAGCGAUGUUUUUUUUAGCAGCUAAGGAGAAAGAAA